AUGACGACCAACGAGACUACGACACCAGUGAAAGAUCCAUCCGCUUCCACAAAGCCACUCAAGGCCCGUCCACGUACUUCAGGAUCGGCAGACUCGUCGCGUCAUGAGGGUACGCGGAGUACCACGAGUACUGCAAGUAGCGGUGCGCAAGCAGGUCAAGGGAAAGGGGCUGCGCUGUUGAAGAGACCAGGUCGGAGUGCGAGUGUCAGGCGUGCCGAUAGUCCCUUCAAGCAACCGAUGCCUGCUGUACCCCCGUUGCCUGCUGGUGUCCACGACGAUGGGGAGGAUGCGAACGACACUGACAGUCAGGAGAAGCUCGCAGAGAUGACCAAAGCUUACGAAACGUCAAGGGAUUUUGCAAAACAGCUUGAAUUGACACUCUUCAACGUACGCACGACACUGGCCAGCAAGACGGAACGCGAGCAUCAUCUUGAAGCUGAACUUGCUGGUAGCUUGCAACAAGCUGCGGAGCUCGAGUCGCAGGUUCGGGAAGCAGAGAAUCGGUCAAAGCAGCUGGAAAAGAGUCAUCUGGUGGAGCAACAUGCAUGGGAGAAUGAACGUGCGCGAUUGAUGGCAAGGCAAGAACAGCUUUCAGGGAGUCUGCACCGUGUAGCAGAGCAGCAGCAACAGCGAAUGCCAAGCGGUUCAUCGACACCGAAGCCCAUUGACGAAGCAGCGUCUGAGGAGCAAGAUGCAGAAGCAUCAAGUCGCUCAAGUUCAACCAACGUCUUUAGCUUGCAAAUGGCAGUGCAACAAAAGGACCGACGCAUAGAGGCGCUCGAGGAGCAAGUCGCGACACUUAAACAUGAGCUUAAUUUGUUACGCUCUGGCAACGAUGACGAUGACGCACUGCUACAGAAUCAGCUCAUGAUGCUUAAGCAAGAUUAUGCCAAGUUACUAGAUGACGUCGAAGGCUACCAGACUCUCUUGCAGGAAAAGACACUGACUGGCGAGUUGUUUGCGCAAGGUAGCUUUAUGCAAUCGACAGGAUCUGGAUCUGGACGCUUCCGAUCUAUGCGCGGUCGUCCAGAUGAGCACAGGGCUCCCAAUGGGCUUGAUCUGGCAAGUGAGCUUGAUGGCGCAAGUAUCGACCUGAGUGAACCGGAAGUCCUUGAAGAGGCAAGUCGCGAGGCACUGGAGAGUGAAAUUCUUAAGCUACAGGAAUCCAACAAGGCGCUGACCCUCUACAUCAAUACGAUCGUCGUUCGACUCAUGAACAAAGGCUUCGAGCAUGUCCUGGCCAGAGAUGAAAAGGACGUCGAAGCAGCGUUGGAUGUCGGCGAUCCUCUUCCUGGGCAGGCCUUUCGAGGGCGUGCAGCCACUGCUGCAGUUCCUGCACAUCCUGGCAUCCUAUCAAGAACAAGGUCGAUGCUCGGUGGGCGUACAAAGUCGGAUACAACAGCCUCCAGUAUCACAUCACAGGAAAGCACACCCAGAGCGCAGCGUAGCGGGCAGAAUGCUGGGCAAACGACCUUGGCUCCUGGUGCUGGCUUAUUCGCAUCGCCGCCGCGUGCUAUUCCCUCGUCAUCACCACAAAUGGGAUCAGUGUCUGGGAAGCAUGGUUUGCGUCAAUUGGCGAGCAGUGCUGUUGCUGAUCACAAAUCACAAGCGGAAGCGAAACGUCUUGCCGCACAAUUCAAACCAAAGCUGGAUGGACUCGAUGCAGCCACCACAUCAGGAUUGGUGGGAGAUGCUGGUGAGCGUGGUAAAGGUGCUGGUCGUACAAGUUGGUUCAGUGGUUGGCGAAAGGGUGAUUCAGGGCCUGUUUCUCCUUCGAGUAUGGAUGGUGCUGCGUCUAUGCAUUCAUUGGGUCAAGCAAGUACGGAGAAGCCGUUGACGUCUAUUGAAUUGGCGAUGCCUGCGCAGGCGCAUGGUGUAUCGCGACCGGAAACAGCACAGACCAAGUGA